AUGCUACUUGUGGCAAAGACUCUCAACUGGAAAAUUCUCAACAGGAUCCAGGCAGAGAUGGAGAAGCAGCGCAGGAACAACCAGAACGGCUUCAGAGAGAGAAGAUCAAACACUAGUCACAUCUUAAUGCUGCGGAGGAUAUUAGAAGGAACUACAGUAAAGAGUCAUCUUGCUGUCAUGAUUUUCAUUGACUUUUGGAAGGUCUUUGAUUCUGUGGACCGUCACUGCCUGAUUAAGAUCUUACAGGCUUAUGGAAUCUCCAAGAAGAUACAGGACCUGAUAUCACUGCUCUACACCAACACCAGAACCCAAGUCGUUACACCUGACGGUAUGACGGAGUUCUUUGAGAUAAUGGCUAGAGUGCUUCAGGGACAUACAUCGGCUCCCUACCGUUUUUUUUUAUCGUGGUGGACUAUUGUAUGCGCCUUGCGUUGGAGAAACAUCAGACUCAGCUUUACUGUCGUGCUGGCACAGAGCAGAAGAGUCAAGGCUAAAAAGAUACCAGAUGCUGAAUUUGCUGACGACAUAGUUUUAGUGACAAACACAACGAGGGAGGCAGAGGAGUUGAUGCAGGAGGUGGAGACUGUGUCAAUGAGUGUGGAGUUGAAAAUGAAUGAAAUUAAGAUGAAGUAUCUGGUAGAGAACAUUAAGAAGCCAGAGAAGAUUAUGAAUGUAGGCAGGAAGUCACUAGAGUUGGUUCAGGACUUCCUGUAUCUGGGAGCAAAGAUUGAGAACACAGAGGGGGAUAUAGUUGAGAGAAAGAGCAAAGCCUAUACGGUAUGCCACAGUUUGAGAUCUGUAUGGACGUCGGACAUUCGUAAAGACCUGAAGAUCCGUCUCUGCUGUAGUGGAGUCUCUGCUGUUGUAAGGGUCUGA